AUGGAGAUUCCCAACGUUGGUCGCCAUGGUCCAGAGCGUUACGUCGCGCUUGCAGAAGGUGCAAGUAGAACGAACACACAUGGCCUUCAGCGCUGGCUUGCCCCAGUGAGCCUUCUUCUUUCGGCUCUGUUUUUUCAGAAUGCCGGUCUGUACUCCGCGACAUGCGAGUACAUUCGCUGGACUGACGAGGCCGUCGCCACUGCGGCAGGACAUGAGGGCGCAUUUGCAGCCAUCGAGUCAGAAGCUCUCGAAGACCCGGUCCACAGGCUUCUGAAGGCCUCCAAGCUUGCCAGCUCCUUGGAAGGUCUCAGCUGGUCUCCCGAGAUUUGGGUGGAUUUGAUGGCCGACUGUGUGAUAAUUGUCCUGCUGUGGUGGCUUGUCCGGAGAAAUGAUCUUCAGACUUGGACACACCUUGCCCUUUCUGCGUCUGUGCUGGCCAUUCUGAAAGGCUUCCUUGCUUGGUCGACUGUGCUCCCUAAUGCAGCUGGCUGGCAAGGAUGCAAGCAAUCUCUUGGUGCAGAUGGAUUGAUGUAUUUCAGGCGCCAGAACACACAGACGCUUGGUCUUUUUGACUCUUUGAUGGAUAUCUCGCUAUUGACAGUUCAAAGCCUGUGGCUACUUGGUCGCGCGGCGCCGCAGCAACUCUGUUCUGAUACGAUGUUCUGCUGCUCUACCAGCUCGCUCACCAUUGUUUGCCUAUGCGCUUAUGAAACUGUUGCGCGAAGUGUGGACGAGUUCAGACAUGAGAGACGUUCAGCGGUGAUGGGAUUGUUUGGUUUGAUCUUGUGCGCAAUUGUGCUUGCAGAUGUCACGCUUGCAAUUGGAAGCAAGUUACACUACAGUCUCGAUGUGCUGGCAGCCUUACCACUCAGCUUUCUGAUUUAUGGAAACCCAGCUCUGGCUUUGAUGGCUCAAGACUGGGCUGAGCCGGAUGCAGGAGAGGUAAAAAAGGAUCCCAGAACUGCGCCCAAGAUCCCGCCUGACCUUGGCGUCGUUUCCGUCGCGCCGUGUUGUCUGCCUUUCGCUGAUCUUGCUGGCUCGUAUUAUCUGCAAGACAGAGAUUGGGACUUCAGCCAAAUCAGCUGGACGGCAGAGCGACAGCGUCAACACUAUCGAAGGAAAUCCGAGAUGAGCGCAAUGCUGGAGGCAACUAGGCGCCGAUGCGAGGAUCUGGCGAUUCUCAUACAAAACGCCAGACAAGCCGCGGAGUGUGCCCUGGAUGAGAGGCAGAAGGACCUGGAUCUUCGCGCCUCUGAAGCGCGUGAUAUGCAGGAGAGAGAGCUUGCACGAGCACAAGCAGCUCUUGAGGCAGAUCACGAGGCGAUCGCUGCGCUCAAGCUGAAGCUGGCCUCCACUGCUGGUGGCCUGUCUCACUGA